AAUCACUUUUCUCUCCAAAAUUCGAUACGUGUCCCCACAUCACCAUGUACCAUGACGCGAGAACAAGGCUUCUGGUAACAUAUUCCUACAAGAGUCGGAGAAAUCUGGUGACUUCAGAUUUUUACACUGCGUGAGUGUAUAAAACAACACAAGUUUCAACCUCUGAGUAUAAAUAGCAAAGCAGCGCAAAUUUGAAGAUGCAAAAGAUGAUCACCGCGAUCAGAUUGAUUAGACCACAACCGCCAGGUUUGAUAUUCACGCCGCCGCUGCCGUCAAACUUUGGCCGGAAAGCUACCCGAGUCCGAUUCAAGCAGGCUGCAAGUGUUCACGUUUCUAGUAAGAACAGUAACAUGGACAAGCAGCAGGAGGAACCUACUCUGAAAACUGGAGACAUUUUGUUGGAGUCUUUCGGGGUCGGGUAUGCAUCGAGGUGCGAGGACGAAGGAUAUGGUGGGAUAUACGGGGCUAUAACGGAGCAGGAUCAGCUGAUCCAUGACGACCAUCCGGCCAACGACAAGUCGCCGGGAAGUGAAGUGAAGGAGAAGGAGAAAGCCCGACACAAGACGAGUCCCUCUGCAUAGAUAAAAUACAGCACGCUGCAUCUGCAUGUGUCGUUUGUUUUUUGAAGAGCAAAUGCCAGACUCGUGUGAGAGUCUGGUUCGAGUGGUUAACUAUAUGUCCUCCGUGUAAUUUAUUACUCAGCUUGUUGUAGGUGUAUGUAAAUAUUUUGUGUUAAUAAAUAAUUAAUGUCAUAGUUUUCUCAUCUCGUGGUUGGAGAUAGUUCACAAUCAA